GGGCACGUUCCCACAUGUUCACUCAGCUAAAAGGUGUUUUGCCUGACACGUUCAGCUAUCUAUUUUGAGAUUGCUUUCCAGAGGAAUUCAAACGUACAUAAGGAGAAUGAUUACUUUUGAAUUCUUGCCUUCGGAAACAAAAUAAAUAGUAGAAGCAUAGGACUUCAAUGCUGUACUGAUUUCCUCAGUGCAGUGUAGGGUCUUUGUGAGGUGUAGGCUGCUGGUGAGCUAUUACUAAAUCAGACACACCUUUGGGUUGGGCUAUUUUGGAAACUAAGUACUUGAUUAGGCUUAAGGUCUGGUCUGCUAGGGAAAAGUGAUUUUAUUUUGUGUUUUUACAUGUACUUUGAUGAGCCGAUGCAGUUGAAGGACAGUGUCCUCUGUGUAACAGAUCAGAGGCAGACAAGUGGUGCCCUGUAGGGAGCCUCACCUGGCUGUUUUCAUAGUGAGGAUUGCUGGCUUUCAGACAACUAGGCAAGAAAGAAAAAGUGACAUCCAAUGGGGGUACCUUUAUUUGGUGAUAGCAAGCCCUUCUAUUUCCGGAUCUGGAAUGGACUAAGUCAGAGGCUGCAAGGCAAAAAAUCCUGGGAUAAACAUCUAGACGAAAUCUACUUACUCCAGCAGAAAAGGAUCUGUGAGUCCCCACUCCUCCAGGCUGCCAAGGAGAACAACCUCCCAGCCAUUAGGAAACUUCUCACUGAUGGAACGUGUGAUAUCUACCAGAGAGGUGCAACAGGGGAGACUGCUCUUCAUGUAGCUGCCUUGUAUAAUAGCGUGGAGGCUGCAGUGGCUCUGAUGGAAGCAGCUCCAGAGCUUGUCAAUGAGAAGAUGACAUCAGAGCUCUAUGAAGGGCAGACAGCUCUCCAUAUUGCAGCAGUGAACCAGAAUAUCACUUUGGUGAAAGCUUUACUCAAGAAAGGGGCCAAUAUCUGCACAGCCCAGGCCACUGGGCACUUCUUCAGACGCAGCUCCCAGAACCUGCUCUAUUUUGGAGAGCAUGUUUUGUCAUUUGCUGCCUGUGUGGGAAAUGAGGAGAUUGUGCAGUUGCUCAUUGAAAAUGGAGCUGACAUUAGAGCUCAGGAUUACCUGGGUAACACUGUUCUUCACAUCUUGGUUCUCCAGCCUAAUAAGACAUUUGCCUGCCACAUGUACAGCCUGAUACUUUCCUAUGACAGGAACAAGGAAGGACCAGGAUCACUUGAAUUGAUUCCUAACAAUGAGGGGCUUACUCCAUUCAAACUGGCUGGAGUUGAGGGCAACACUGUGAUGUUUCAAUACCUCAUGCAGAAGCGGAAGCACAAUCUCUGGUCCUUUGGACCCUUGACCACUGUGCUAUAUGAUCUCACAGAGAUUGACUCCUGGGCUGAAGAUCAGUCCUUUCUUGAGCUCAUUGUCUCAACCAAGAAGAGAGAGGCACGCCAGAUCUUAGACCUAACACCUGUGAAGGAGCUGGUGAGCCUGAAGUGGAAUAUGUAUGGACGUCCCUAUUUCUGUUUCCUGGCUUUAUUCUAUGUACUCUACAUGGUCUGCUUCACUAUGUGCUGUGUCUACCGGCCACUGAAAGCCCGAACAGCCAACAAAACAAGCAGUAGAGACAAUACAAUCUAUGUGCAGAAAAUGCUGCAGGAAUCAUAUAUAACAUAUGAGGAUGAGUUGAGGUUGGUGGGGGAGCUGAUCACAGUCAUUGGAGCUGUAGUAAUUUUGAUCCUUGAGAUCCCAGAUAUCCUUAGAGUUGGAGCAGCGAAAUACUUUGGACAAACCAUCCUAGGAGGGCCUUUCCACAUAAUUGUUAUCACAUAUGCUUGUAUGAUUCUGGUAACCAUGGUAAUGCGUCUCACCAGCACUACUGGAGAGGUGGUGCCCAUGUCCUUUGCCCUGGUACUAGGAUGGUGCAAUGUCAUGUACUUUGCACGAGGCUUCCAGAUGCUUGGACCCUUUACCAUCAUGAUCCAGAAGAUGAUAUUUGGAGAUCUUAUGCGCUUUUGUUGGCUCAUGGCUGUAGUGAUACUAGGCUUUGCAUCAGCUUUUUACAUCAUCUUCCAGACAGAGAACCCUGAAAACCUUGGGCAAUUCUACAACUAUCCCAUGUCCUUGUUUACCACCUUUGAGCUGUUUCUCACUAUAAUUGAUGGCCCUGCAAACUAUGAUGUGGACCUGCCUUUUAUGUACAGUGUGGUAUAUUUUUCCUUUGCUGUCAUUGCCACCCUCCUUAUGCUCAACUUGCUAAUUGCCAUGAUGGGUGACACCCACUGGAGAGUGGCCCAUGAGCGGGAUGAACUCUGGAGAGCCCAGGUUGUCGCUACUACUGUCAUGCUGGAACGGAAAUUGCCACGGUGUCUCUGGCCUCGUUCUGGGAUCUGUGGCCUGGAGUAUGGGCUAGGGGACCGAUGGUAUCUCAGAGUAGAAGACAGGGUUGAUCCCAACAAACACAAGAUGAUGCGGUACACAGAAGCAUUUAAGGCUCAUGAUAGGGAUAACUGUGACAAAGGUCUGGAAAAACUGGAAACUGAUAGUAACAUCUUGUAUAAGAAGGAACUGUCUGCUAUGUCAUUGUCACGGAGCACAUCAAGGAUGAAUUCUCACAGUGGCUGGGAAAUCCUGAGGCGCAACACCUUCCACUCAAUUCAUGGAGAGGUCAAUCAUGCCAUGGAGGAAGAGGUAUAUGAUGUCUAAACCUCUUUUUUUUUUUUUUUUUUUUUUUUUUUUUUCCCACUCCGCAAUGUAAAUCUUAUUUGCCAUAGCAGUUGUCUCCUCCAGCUGUUCAUACACACUCGAGCAUGCUACAAAUUCAACAGCCAUGAAGAACUCUGCUGGUGCAUCGUGAAUAGUUCAUGGUGACUAUGCUAUGAUAUAUAAAUGCAGUCUUUUCUCUUCUGCCUUUCAGGUAUCCUUGUUGUUGCACUAAUAUUUGCACCAAGUUGGUGGGCUUGUUGAGCUGUGGCCUGUGGUUGUUUGCAAUUCUUUGUAAAACCCUAGAGAAAUGAGCAAUAGAAGCCAGCACUGGGAUUUCAACUAUUUACAAAGAGACAAACAGUAAGAACCCUCCCGGUGUAUAAUAUUUAGUAUAAUAUCUCCCUCCAGUCGUACAAUAUCCCUCACAAUAUCCCAGUGCUCUCAUUGCAAAUACAGCUGACUGAAGUACUGUUUUAUGAUUUAGUACAGAAAUGAAAAACAAAACAACAACAAAAAACAUCUGUAACUAAUCUCAGGAAUGAAGGUAGUUGCUGACACUGUGAUGAUUAGAAGGCCUGUAACUAUUCAAUAGGCAUUCAGGCCUGCACAGAUUUUGCCUUCUGAAGAACAGCAAACUCUUCAGAGAGCUGCAUUCUGGCUGCAUUUUCAACAUUGGUAUCUUACUAGGACUCUUCUAGUUUUUGAUUUCAUUUUUUAUUAUUUUUUCAACAUAGGAAUGCACUUUAAGCUGUAUUUUUAUUUUUAUUUUUUGCUUGUUUGUUUGUUUUUAAGAAGUGAUUUCUAUUCUUGGAAGGAUCCUGCAAGAUCUCAAGUGGGUUUUUUUGUCCUAAUGAGCAGAUAUAAUGGGAUGAUCUCUGAAGGUCUCUACCAACUGAACUAUUUUAUUCUGUUCUAGAUCUGGUUAGGUGCCUUUCAGCAGUGUGUUAUCAAGUACCAAAGUGAGCUGAAGCUUGUUUUUCCUUUUCAUGGAAGAGUAGGAUUCUGGACCAUAGUGCUUUGACUUACUACUGAGCCACUGAAUUUAGUAAUAGUAGUGAGCUACAAUAUAUCAGUGAAUGAAAUGAAGAAGAAAUUUUGGAUAGAUGGAUAAGAGCUAUUGUAAAAGGAGUUCAGAAACUGGUGUUCUUUCACAUACACAAGAAGUCUCAAACUAUCUAAUACAUGUCUAGGUCAUCCACACAAGCAUGAUGAUGUUUCAGUCUGUCUGUAUGUCACUUGCCUAGGGCCACUUUAAGAAAAACAGAGGAAUGCUCGAAGAAGCGGAUUAUCAUUCCUGGGGUUUUAGCAUUUUUAGGAGUGUAGAGUUUCAUUCCAACAGCAGAAGUGAGUGCAAAGCAGCAGAUGGUCUUAACAUUUCCUUUCUGACUGGACCAAUGACAGAAUAUUUGUUUUUUUAAGAAACCAUGGAUUGUAAACUAGCAGUAGGCUUUGAGUCAAACAACCUUGUGAUAAGCAAAGCAGACAACAGAAAAGCUGAAUCCAGUGGAUUUCUGAUUGUUCUGCAAUAUCACUGCAAACACCUCCCACAUCUCUUCUGUUGCAGGUGUUGUAAUAAGUGUCAUGAUCUUUGCAAUUAUGUGUAUUUAUUUAAAUGUUGUCUUUCUAUUUCUUGAAUGUGUAGUUAUGCUCCAAUAUGAGACUGUCUCUCUGUACUUCAGCUGCAUGCCUUCUGAGCUGAUACAUUUUGUUGAAUUGAAAGUUUUAGUCAUUUAAGUGUUGUCAGCCCUUCCCUAAAUAUUUGGGGUUUGCACUGAUGGUCUAUGGAUAUGGAAACAAUGUGGAGCAUUAAGUGAAAAUAUGAAUUGUUGCUCUAAUUUUAGAUAAAUUUUCUUUCCAGUGAAUGGGAAAUAACAGGAAGGAAAGAACUGAUGGCUUCCCCUCUGCUCUCACAGUCUUUUCACUAGCUUGAAAACCUACAGAAAUACAUUUAAGAUGGAGCUGACUGGCCAUUUCUGCACAAGGACUCCUCUUUGUGUUUAUUUAACAAUAAUAAUAUAAUUAAAAAAAAAAAAACAAAAAAAAAAAAACUAGUUUGACAUAUACACUGUG